AUGUCUACAAACCCCAACAACAACUUCCAAGCCACUGCAGAGCAGAUGAAGGGAAACAAUGCUAAUCUCGCAAGGGAAAACGCGGAAAAUUCAACCGCAGCAAACCCAAACCCCAAUCCCUUAACUCUGAUCCAACCCAAUCCACCCGCUUUGAUCCAAACACCAAACCCAAGAAUCCGUCCACGGCAAAAGCACCGACAGGUAGCAACAAGCGCCGAGAAGCAUUGUCAGCCUGCAAAGCAAGCGAAAGACCUUGCAACGAUUUUAGGGGCAAAAAUAAUCGAUGUAGAUAAAACACAUGUCGAGAGAUACAUCGCAACAAACGCAACCAUAAGGCGCGAAGAAGAGAGAGAUCGAGAAGCGGAGAAAGACAAGCAGAUGGCCAUCAUACUCAAGAACGCCCUCAAGGCAGCCGCGGAAGGCGACAAGAAGAGAGUGGAUAUGUUCUACAACAUAUACACCAAACUGGUAACAGGUAAAGAGACACCACCAACAUUGCAAGAACAAGAAGAUCAGCGCCGCCAAGCCAAAGCAAGGAUCGGCAAGAAGAAAACCGUGGCCGGAGGAACAAAUUUCAACUGGGGAGACACCAACUCCCACGACGACGUAGGAUUCACCCCGUUCUUUGAUAAGAACAUUCUCGAAUCCCCGUUCUUUGAUAAGAACAUUCUCGAAUUGAAGGGACCUCUCCCGUUAACGAUAUUCAAUAAAGCGUGGCAAGACGCUGCCCUCGCAUACCACACAGAAAAGAGGCCAAAAACGGACGAUAACUCCACGGAGAAGGGACUCCGAUAUACCGGCCUCCCAUACCCAAGUGUUGGACAAAACUGGGCCAGAGAGAGAGGUUUGUGGAAGGAUAAGUUCAUUUCAUGA